GGGGCUGGCCGGUGAACAAGCCUGGCAGCUUGCUGAUGUGCCAGGGAGCUCUGGCCACUGUAGAAAGGUCAGAAGGCUUCACCUGCAGCGACAAAGGGGCCUCUCUGAGUGGGCACCACUGCCUCUGCAACAUGGACGCACAGCACUACAAAAUGAAUGGUGACUCUUUCCAGGAAUCUAUGUACAUUGAAGAGUCCUCAAAUAAAAAUGGUGUGAUAUCUUUGAUUUUCUCUCUGAAAGAAGAAGUUGGGGCACUUGCUAGAGUUUUGCGCACAUUUGAGGAAAAAGGAAUAAACCUGACCCACAUUGAGUCCCGACCUUCCCGACUCAACAAAGAUGAGUAUGAAUUCUUCAUUAAUUUGGAAGGCAAGAAUGUUCCAGCACUGGACAAGAUCAUCAAGUCCUUGAGAAAUGAUAUUGGAGCAACAGUCCAUGAGCUUUCACGAACAAAGAAGAAGGACACUGUGCCAUGGUUCCCAAGAAGUAUCCAAGAGCUGGACAGGUUUGCCAAUCAGAUCCUAAGCUACGGAGCAGAACUGGAUGCUGAUCAUCCUGGAUUCAAAGAUCCUGUGUAUCGGGCCCGAAGGAAGGAGUUUGCAGAUAUCGCCUACAACUACAAACAUGGCCAACCUAUUCCUCGAGUCACCUAUACGGAAGAAGAAAGGAAAACCUGGGGCACCGUCUUCAGGGAGCUGAAGAGUCUCUAUCCAACUCAUGCUUGUUAUGAACACAAUCAUGUGUUCCCACUGCUGGAGAAGUACUGUGGCUACCGGGAGGACAACAUUCCCCAGCUUGAAGAUGUUUCCAAAUUCCUGCAGACCUGCACUGGAUUUCGCCUGCGUCCUGUUGCAGGCUUGCUCUCCUCUCGGGAUUUCUUGGCUGGGCUGGCAUUCCGAGUAUUCCAUUCUACACAGUAUAUUCGCCAUGCAUCCAAGCCCAUGUACACACCAGAACCUGAUAUUUGUCAUGAGCUGCUAGGACAUGUGCCUCUUUUUGCUGAUCCCAGUUUUGCUCAGUUUUCCCAGGAAAUUGGACUGGCAUCUCUGGGAGCUCCGGAUGAUUUCAUCGAGAAACUUGCUACGGUUUAUUGGUUUACAGUGGAGUUUGGACUAUGUAAGGAAGGCGACUCGCUCAAGGCGUAUGGUGCAGGGCUGCUGUCUUCAUUUGGGGAGCUGCAGUAUUGUCUAUCAAGUAAGCCUGAGAUUCAGCCUCUUGUCCUGGAAAAGACUGCUGUGCAGAAGUACCCUGUUACUGAGUUCCAGCCAAUCUACUAUGUUGCUGAAAGUUUUAAAGAAGCAAAAGAAAAGCUAAGGAAAUUUGCUCAAACAAUCCCUCGUCCUUUCUCUGUUCGGUACAAUCCCUACACCCAGAGGAUUGAAGUCUUGGACAAUGCAAAGCAGCUGAAGAACUUAGCUGACACUAUCAAUAGUGAGAUGGGGAUCCUCUGCAAUGCCCUCCAGAAGAUAAAAUAAAGAUAUGCUGUAACAUACCAAUCAUUGCCUACUGAGUAGAAGCUGCCUUGUGCAACCCCAGUCUUCAUCUAGCCUCUGUUUAUUAUUUUCCUGUGUACUGCAUGUAUGCCUAUGAUAUAUAUCUUAAUUUCUAUAGAUUAGCAGAAAAACAGACAUUUGCAGAUGACCCUUGACACUUUUAGCCUUCAGACACAAUUUUUUUUCUCACUAAUGCAUAAAAAUGACCUUAUUUUUGGGAAUCUGGGGAAAACCUCCAUAAAUCUUGUGCCAAAGGUUAACAGAAGAGAGAGAUCUCCCCCAUGCAGAGCUAUAGUCUGCUGCAGCUGUGAGGUUGCAUUACCACACUGGGCCCACAGGCAGACUAAUACACUUUGCUUUCUCUCAGUCGCUCUCUUCAGUCCCUCACUUUUGCACAAGGUUCCCAUGGAGUCCCAAACUCUACACUUUUCAGGGGGUAUACAUAUAAUAUUCAGCCCUCUGUACCUCUGCUUUUACACACAAGCACCUCUAUCCUGAAAUACUCUUUUUUUUUUCCUAAAAAUUUGAUGCUGCCAUUGAUCCAAAGCACAGAUGCUAGCAGAGAAGACAACAAGUGUGCUGCAGCCCAAUUAACAAAGAUUUAUCACUGUGUAUAAAUAUACGACAUUUGCACGGGCACCAAUCCUGAAAAGGUUUGUGCAAGUCAAGAAUGCUAUGUGCUGGAAUGUGCCAUUGGUCUGCAGAGCGGAGCAAGGUACUGAGAUUGCUUAUUCAGAGCAUGGAGUCCGUGCCUCACUACAGUACCCACAAAAAAGCCCCUUCAGAGAAAAGUUAUGUAAAGGCAAGUCUGUGUGGCUUUUUGCAGCUGGAUUUGAGGUCAGUUUGACAAGCAAGAAACCAUGAAGAUGUAUUAACAUGACAUCAAGGCCUUAUUAGACCAGUUUCAGAGCUUUGCUAGUUGAAGUGUUGUGUACCAUCAUGGAUUCAGAGCUGAUUCAGGAUCAGUCAGUUUACAGAAGGGGGAGACCUCUCUGAACUGAGCUACUCUGUGAAGGCUACCUUGUGUUGCAUGUGUCCUUGUCUGAAAGUGCUUUACUCAGCACUGAUACAAGGUGUUUCCUAACUUUCUGUACACUUGUACACAGGAACAGAAUGGAGCAAAGGAAAGCAGAACAGUAUUUCCAGCUUGAAACAAUUCUGCAUCAUGAUACUAACAUGAUUCAGGGGUGACUUUUCUGUUGAAGACCCAGUGAUUGAGAGGGAUUUGAAAGUCCAUGAGUUUCAUGCCUACUAUUGUACUAUUCUUGUAGUGUGAAAAUCAAUGGAGCCCUAAUGUAAGCAUCAUCCUUUAGGAAUAUAGAAAUUACAGCUGUUUCCAUUGUAUUUAUGGUGAGUUACAACAUAAAUCUAAGGAUAUCAGCUGAAACCCUUUUCAAUAGACAUAUACUUAUGCAAAAUGGUAUCAUUUUGGUGCUUUGAAGUAAGCUUUUUUAUCUCUGCAUCUUUUUUUAUUCCACUUUUUCUCAUGACAAUGUCUGUGUAGAUCUUUCAGUACUGCUUGACAUGUAUUUUCAGUGUGAAAGUAGCCCAUAUUUUUCUCUCUUAAUAUAAUAGGACCCAUAAGGUAACUCUGUACCACAUAGAGAAAAUUUCAUCCCAAGAGUGAAGUCCUUCAAGCUUAUCCUCAGGCAGCUCUCCAAACUUCUGUUUCUGGUUGUUGUUGUGAGGGACAGCAGCAGUAAAUCUAUAAUGAUACAGAGAAUUCAUGGUUGUCUUUUAUGUGCAAGUGGAAUAGUUAAAGAGUAUCGAUGCCACAUAUCUGAUUUUGUGUCUCUUAAUGCAGGUUUAAAUGAGCAAUGACUCUGGCCAAAGCAGCCUAAAUGUUCAGCAAAACUGAGAGAUGAGAGAAAGUUAAAACCAGAAGAAAUAUACCAAAAGUAGAUUUUCUAGCAGAACAAAUUAGCUUUAAAUAGUACAAAUAACUUGCAUUUAAAACAGUAUUUGUUAAUGGAAGAAUUCUUAUCUUAUGCUUAAGGAAAAUUAAUGUUGUGUAGCAAAAUGCUUUUUGUAUUAUCUAGCCAGUGUAACUCCUCUUUGUAGGGUAACCACACAGGUUGUUUAGAAUUAAACAACCAGGUAGGUGGGAAUGCCCAUUAGAGGUGUGCCCCAAUUCAAAGAAAGCUUUCUUGGAUUGACUAUCACUCAUCCAGACAAGAUCAUUAAAGUGAUAAAAAAUAUA